UCAAUUUUCUUACCAACCUAUGACUACUACACUCUCAGUAACUCUACACUUCUAGUACUACUCUAUACUACCAUAAGAGGAGGCCAUGGACGCUUUGUGGAAAUUGGAGGACAAGUUGAAGUUAUCAACCCAAGGAGCCAUCAUUGUGUUUCUGGGCACAGCCUUUGCAGUCAUUGGACUCUGUACAGCUAUAAUGAAGAAGGAGAAGGAGAAGGAGAAGGAGAAGAAGAGGUUACAAAGGAAGCAACUUUUGGAUGAAGAAGAAGCUAUAGACAGGCACUGGACUGAAUCAAGGUCAGGUUGGGAAUCGAUUGAGGAGGCGUUGAUAAAUUCGGUGAGGUGGAGUGAGGCAAGUAAGCUGGAGUUGGAUGAGACGCAAGCCUUGAGUUGGCGAGAAGGCACUCCUGCAACUUUGAUGGUUGGAGGAAGGUAUGAAGCGGUGUCACCGAUAUGGCAGAGUCACAACUCAGUGUCACCGGUGUGGCAUAGACCAAUCCUGAUGGGAGAGAAGUGUGAGCUACCCAGGUUCAGUGGCCUCAUCCUCUACGACGAGCGAGGGCGCCCACUUCAUCAUGAUGACCCAUCUGAUAAAGAGAUCCUACUUCAGGAAAAACUAGUUAUGACUGUCAAGGACCUACUGUAACUUCUCUCUGUUUCUUCAUUUCCUCUAAUUUCCAAGGAGAGGAAAGGAAGAGAAAUUAGUUUCUGAAGGUGCUACAAAUUUCUUUCUUCCACUAUGAGAUUCUUGAUGUGAACAUUGCUGCAGCUGCUUAAUAAAUCAAUUUCCCAUUACCUACCAAAUGGCACAAUUACACUUCAUUGCAUAGGCAAACGUAAGCUAAUCUUCAUUGAAGAGAAGAAAUUGUUCGAAGGAAGAAACCACCAUUAUUACCAAAAUUAAAGAAAAAGAAGACAGCAAAUUUGUUUACCGGGCACUAUCAAUUCAUUGACCUUUUAUUUAUUUAUUUCUUUAUUUAUUUUUAUUUUAUUUAUUUAUUUAUUUUUUUUUUUUUUGGGGAGGGGGCGUUAGGGGUGUGGAAGAGGAGGUAAGGAUGAGACGGUACCUUAACAUUAUAUAACGCACAUGGCCCAACACCUUGCAGUAAUAUGUACCGAUGCCCAUUUGGUGAGCUGGCUACUGGAUGAGAUUUACCAGAUGAGUUGUGGUGAUGGAUCACACCAUGCAGAUCUAUGAACUCACACUUAUUUUCUACUCGGGGCUAAAAAGCCCCAAACAUCAUUCAUCAAUUAUAAGAACGCCGCUAUUCAAAACUUUUACAGCUCAAAAGAAUAACCUUCAGAGUUGCACACUCCAAAGAAAUUGUCAGUGGAACAUAGUUUCUUGGCCAAAUAGUCUCUGUUCACGACCAUGAAAGACCCUUAAGAUGAAUUUCCAACAAGUCAGGAAAUUAAAGUGGAAAAUAACAUCUAGGAAUGUCCACUGAUGAAUGCAAUAGUCCAUGAAGUCAGGUGAAGCUCCAUUAAGCAUGAAAAUAGCUUUCCGUCGAGAUAAUAAAAGUUCUAAAAAUUCAAAUAAGUACCAGACAGAGGUGUCAAAUAGUAGCAGUAAAAAUAGCAUUUUUUUUUUUUCUUGAUUUGCAAGUCAUUUUUUAUGAAGUUCUACACAGCACAAUGGUCUUCUAGUUCUCGGGUGCCACUUAUAUUGUCAUUGUUACAUUAUCUAAUGAACCAGUAGAUGACCAGACUUUCUC